AUGAAGCAUGCGAUCAGUGUCGUAGAAGCCACGUCAAGUGUGAUCAAUCACGGCCUUGCGCUCUAUGCAAGCGACGAGGGAUCGACGACCUUUGUGGACGAAACGGAAGAGGUCGCCGACCUAUACCAGGUCACAGAUGCGAGCAUCGAGGUCUCGAGCGUCGCAUUAGACCAGCGUCCGUCGCCACGGCCUGGACUGUCAAGCCACGGUACCCCCAUCACGGAUGCCACUGACGCCUUUUUCCUCUGGCGAUACAUCGACUUCAUCGGGCCGCGCUUCGACAUGUUCGACGAUGCACCGCGGUAUUUCUCGACCGUCGUGCCGCAGCUCGCUCUCAAGGACCCGCUUGUCCUGCUCGCCUGUGUCGCCGUGGCAGCCCGCCAGUACUCCCUCGUCAAUGACCAGCAGCAGCACAGUCAUGAGCAGGCUUUGACAUACUACAACGCUGCCAUUCACCUGCUGUCCAAACGGCUGCACGAUAGCGGGCCAGACCCAGCGGUAUUUGCGAGCUGUCUGCUGAUAGCUCAUUGUGAGAUGGUCGAGAGCAAGGCCUCAGCCUGGGACUUGCAUCUCAAGGGGACCGGCGAUCUUCUCAAGAUGAUGAUUAUCCUUGCCUCUCUUUGUGCCGGCAAGCCGGCAGCCUUAGAACCGAGAGAAUGGCUUCCUGGGGGCGUAUUCUGUGAUCCGCCGACGUGGACUCUCAAAUCAUGGCAAAAGAAGGUCGUUUUUCUGCUCGGGAUGGUUCACGAUUUCUGGAGUCGCACGCCUCCCGACGACAUGGAUCGACCCACUAAGCAACGCCACGAUGCCCAAUGGAAAGAGCUCGAAGCGGAGCUAGUGAGCCUCCAGACCCAAGCACCAGCCGUGUGCUCACCGAUCAGCAUUCUACCUCCAAAUGGAGAGGACACUCCCUUCCAGUCUGUGCGGUACUUGAACGGUCCCGUGUCCGCCGCAUGGCAGAUGCUACACACUGCGUUUCUCAUCCACACAAUCUGCACGCCUUGCUCGCCGGCGAGUAGCCGCCUCUCUGUGCUCUCCCGCCCGGACGUGACUGGCCGAGCACAGAUGUACGCGCGCCAGAUCGUUGCCAAUUCGCUGGCGAAUCGAUGCACCAUCGCGUGGGCGAAUGCCGUCCAACUCCUCACUCUUGCGGGUCAGUGUCUCGUGGUGGAGGCGGAGCGGAAUGCAUGCGUCCGCGUUCUGCAAGAAAUCCAGCAACAGACAGGCUGGAACACGCGAGCGAGCAUCGACAGACUUGGCGCUGCGUGGGAGAAUGCUUGGAGCUAUGAGUCUCGGGGGAGGCACGCGGCGGUCGGACAGGUAGAUGCUGGGAAGCUGCUGUAUCAUGUUUGGCUUGGCGAGGAGAGAAGGCCAAGCUAG